CUUCCGCUACUCCUGCGCCUGGGAGAUAUCGCUCAGGCUCUCCCUCUAGAAAGUCUUGGACCUGUUGUGGGAAAUUGUUCCAGAGCUACCAGGCUCAUUUCUCACCUACCUUGGAAUAAAACACCUCUUGUGAAGUAAGAAGGAGGAUUUUCUAGGAACAGAAUCCCACGUGUAAGAGAACCACUCCACCACUUGAAUGAGUUUUUCAGCAGAAACAGUAGUUCCAGAGAGGAGCCGAUCCCAGGUUAUUGACACCUGCCCAGCAUCCAAACUCUCCAUGACUAUAUCACAGUUGCAUGAAGACAUGUGGGUAUUUUUAUCGUGUAUCUUUCCUGCCCCUUCUCCUGGAGGAAAAAGAUAUUCUUCCACAGAGAGCUAUACCUUCAGAGAUUUCAGCAUUUUUCCAAGACCAGCAAAAUAUGAAGAAAUUCUAUGGAUCCUUAUCAUUUGAGGAUGUGACUGUGGGCUUCACCCAGGAGGAGUGGCAGCAACUGGACCCUGUUCAGAGGACCCUGUAUAGGGACGUGAUGCUGGAGAACUAUAGUCACCUCAUCUCAGUGGGGUAUUGCAUCCCUAAACCAGAACUGAUCUUCAGGUUGGAACAGGGAGAGCAACCAUGGAUAUUAGAGGAAGAGUCCCCAAGCCAGAGCUACCCAGGCAUCUGCAGAGUUGAUAACCAACUAGAGCAGAGUCAGGAAAUCCAGAGCAGACAAUUCUGGCAAGCUCCAUUUAUCAACAACAACGCAUUGACUAUAGAGAGAGGUAAUGUAUUAGGAAAAAUGUUUAAUUUCAGCACAGGUCCAGUUCCUUCCAUAAAAAUACCCUGUGACACAAAUGGUAUGAGUUUGAAAUAUAUUUCAGAAUUAAUUAAUGAGAAAAACUAUUUAAGAAAGAUGUCUAAUGAUCUCAGUGCAUACGGAAAAUUGUUCCUUCAUAUUAACCAUGAAAAAACUCAUUUGGGAGAGGAACCUUAUGAAUUUAUUCAAAAUGGAAAAUACCUCAGAUAUAAUGAACACUUUAUUCCAUAUCAGAAGAUUCAAAAUAUAGAGCAGUCUUUUGAGUACAAAGAAUGUGGGGAAGAUUUCCAUGAGAAGACAGUUUUCAUCGCAUACAAACAAACUCACAUAGGACAGAGACCUUGUGAACAUAAUGAAUGUGAUAAAAUAUUCUGUAAUUAUUCAUCACUCAUGGUCCAUAAGAUGGCACAAAGACGAGAAAAUCUUAAUGAAUGUAGUAAAUAUGGUAAAACUUUUGGGAAAUCAUCUCUCUUGAAACAUAGAGUUCAUAUGAAGGUGAAAUAUUAUAAAAAUGUUGAAAAAGUGGAUAAUUUCAGCAGAUCAAACUUUCCUGACAUAGGAGAGAGAUCAUUUGAGUCUAGAAAUUUGGGGGAACUUUUCCGUGAGAGGUCAGUUCUGAAUGUAACUAAGAGAGAAUGCAUACAAGAUGAAGCUUAUGAAUGUAAUGAAUGUGGAAGAGUAUUCUGUGAAAAAUCUAAACUUACCAAACAUCAGAGAGUACAUACAGGAGAGAAACCCUAUGAAUGUAAAGAAUGUGGGAAAUGUUUCUCUAGGAAAUCCCUUCUCACUUUACAUCAGAGAAUCCACACAGGCGAGAAACCUUAUAAAUGCAAUGAAUGUGGGAAAUCCUUCUCUAGGAAUUCACGUCUCAUAAUUCAUCAGAGAACUCACACAGGAGAGAAACCCUAUGAAUGUAAAGAAUGUAGAAAAAACUUCUACCAUAAGUAAUAUCUCACAGUACAUCAGAGAAUUCAUACAGGAGAGAAACCCUAUGAAUGUGGAAAAACCUUCAUAAGCAACUCAGUUCUCACAGUACAUCAGAAAACACACCCAGGUGAGAAACCCUAUGGGUGUAAUCAAUGUGGGAAAUUCUUCUCCAGAAAUUCAUACCUUAAAAUACAUCAGAGAACUCACACAGGUGAAAAACCUUAUGAUUGUAAGGUAUGUGGGAAAACCUUCUGUCAUAAGUCAGAUGUCACUAAACAUCAGAAAACUCACAUAGGGGGGAAACCCUAUAAAUGUAAUCAGUGUGGGAAAGCUUUCAGUCGCAACUCAGGCUUAAAAGUACAUCAGAGAACACACAUAAAGGAGAAACCCUAUGAAUGUGAUGAGUGUGGAAAAUCCUUCUCUGAGAAAUCAGUCCUCAUGGUGCAUCAGAGAAUACACAUGGGGGAAAAACCUUAUAAAUGUAAUGAAUGUGGAAAAACCUUCUAUAAUAAGUCAGAUCUCACUAAACACCAGAGAACUCACACAGGAGAGAAACCCUAUGAAUGUAAGGAAUGUGGGAAAUUCUUUUCUAGAAAUUCAUACCUUACUAUUCACCAGAGAACUCACACAGGGGAGAAAGCUUUCAUGUGUAAAAAGUGUGAGAAUACCUUCUACCAUAAUUCAGACUAUACAAUGCAUAAGAGAACACACAGAGGGGAGAAGUCUUAUCACUGUGAUCAGUGUGGGAAAACUUGCACUUGCAGUUCAGUCCUCAGAUCACAUCAGAGAACUCACACAGGGGAGAAGCCCUAUGAAUGUAAUGAGUGUGGGAAGUCUUUCUCUGAGAAGUCCGUCCUCACUGUACAUCAGAGAACACACACAGGGGAGAAACCUUAUAAGUGUAAUGAGUGUGGGAAGCCCUACUAUCCUAAGUCAGAUCUCACUAAACAUCAGAGAACACACACAGGGGAGAAACCCUAUGAAUGUAGUCAUUGUGGGAAAACCUUUAGUUGCAACUCAGGUCUCAAAGUACAUCAGAGAAGACACAUAAGGGAGAAACCCUAUGAAUGUAGUCAUUGUAGGAAAACCUCUAAGAAAUCAGUUCUCACAGUACAUUCAAAAUUACACACAGGAGAAAAAAUCUUAUAAAUAGAGCAAUGAGAGAAAUCUUUAGCGAUUCAUACCUUGAAAUACUGUGGAGAAUUCAUACAGGACAUGAACCCUGUGAAUGAAAAGUGGCAAUUUUUUUUUUUUUUUACCCUGCUCACAUUCCAAGGUAAAUAAGAGAGUACACAUAGGAGAAAUUACUAUGAAUGUGAUGACUGUUUGAAAAAUCUAUUAUUUGAAUGAAUACAUACAGAAGAAACCUUGCUAACAACAGAGUUGGAAAUGUGGGGGAAAUGUGAUAAACUAGAGCUUAUUAAACAAUGACUUAUAUUGGUGAUAAUCCUGUGAAUCAAAUGGAUGUAGGAAAGUGUUCUUCCAGAAUUUGGCCAUUACUGACAACCAGAUGAACCAAAGCUGGGAAAAACUGUCAACAUCUUGAGUUUUUUGAGACCUUCAUACACAGGUUGUACUCAUUGUAUGUCAGAGAAAUAAUAGGGAAGAUAGUCAAUACAGCAAAUAUAGUUCAGCCUAUAUCAGGAAAUGCCAUUUUACUGAACAAGAUAUUGAUAUUGCGAUGAAGUCUUAAAGAUGUUUUGAAUGUGAAGGUUUUAACAGAAUUCAGACUAU